AAAGACUUUCUCGUCUUUCAUCUUUUCUGAGCUCCCGGGAUUUUAUGUUUUCGGCCUGGGCUUCCAAGAUUCAAUUUUCAUAAUUUGUGUACUGGCUUUCUUCCUCCUCCUUGAAUCCUUAGUCCACCCAGCAUGGCCGAUCACCUUCACCACCACCACCAACAUCGCCCGCAGCGCCUCUCCGUUCCACUUCGCGCCACCGCGUCCGCCACCUUCUCCACCACGCCCAGACCAUAUCCUAUGUAUCCUUAUACAUCUUCAACCCCGACUCCAACUCCCUCAAAACACCGCCUUUCUUCGGUUUCUUCGUUUAAUUCCCAAUCCUCGGAUAAAUCUUCCCUUUCCUUCCUCUUCCUCCUCCUGCUCUCUUUACGAUCCUUUUAUUCGCUACUCCCUUUUCUUCGCUCCUCUCCUUCCUUUUCACUGUUCCCGUUUUCUUUCCUUGUAUCACUUCUUUCUUUCCUUCUAACCCUCUGUUUUUCUCUGUUUUCUUCGUAUUCUUCCUCAUCCACUUCCAGAGACCCAUUUGGCCAAAAAAAGGCAAACCAACCCAUUUUUGCUUUAAAUUCAAUUACACAAUCUCAGCAGAAGCUUUUGGUCGCCAAAUCAGUUCUCCUGGCUUUGGUGUUUCUCCUUCGAUUUCAAGCGCUUCGAUACUGUGGAACCGCUGCGAUGAUCCUCGCUGAGUUGACUGGGACCGUAGCUGCUCGGUUCGCUGCUGAGGGGGGGAAUCAAAUUCGUCGUCGAUCCCCAAAGGUUCGUGGGUUUCUAGCAUUGUCUAUUGGAUUGUUUCUACUAUCUUUCAGUUGGGAUCGGGUUGACUGCUUACCCUUUUCUACUACAUUCGCUGACAAACGGAGAUAUGCUCUUUUCGCGCGAGAGAAUUGUGUGAGGAUUUGGCCCAUGUUGCUUCCUUUUCUAUCUGGAUUUUUGGGUUGUUACGAGCGUAAGUCAAUGGAUUGGGGAACAAUUAAGCAACUUGGUCUUCAACGGGUUCGGCUAAUUUCCCUUUUCUUCACUACGAUUGUGCUUUUUGUUCCUGCCGUCAUCAGUUUUCUACUAUUUGAAACUGAAGAAGAAAGUGUUUCCUUCACAGAAUUAGCUUGGCCUCUUGUUAAUACUGUUGUUUUUGGUGUACUAUUGAGUGAAAAUUACAGUAAUGAGAAGAUAGUAAGAUCGGAAGACUCCCAGAGGGAGUUUUUGGUUACUUUUGCCUGUACUGUAGUUUUGGAGCUUUUCUAUUUUCCUGAGCUUUCUCUCUGGGGUUUAUUGCUCUGUGGUUUCUUGCUCUAUAUAGCUGUUAGAGAUUUGGAUCCUCUUCGCUUGAAUCAUCACGGAACAGGAGAAGUAUAUUCAGACUCAUUUACUGGCAUGAUUAUGAAGCCCAUCAGACAUAUUUUAAGUGAGAGGAAGUCCCGUAAAAUUGCUCUUUUUCUUUUCAUCAACGCUUGCUACAUGGUUGUAGAGUUUGUUGGCGGGUUUAUGAGCAAUAGUCUUGGGUUGAUAUCCGAUGCAUGUCACAUGUUGUUUGAUUGUGCUGCUUUGGCAAUUGGGCUAUAUGCUUCAUAUAUAUCACGUUUACCUGCAAAUCACCAGUAUAACUAUGGUCGUGGUAGAUUUGAAGUUCUUUCAGGAUAUGCUAAUGCUGUUUUCUUGGUUCUUGUGGGAGCAUUGAUAGUAUUGGAGUCAUUUGAGAGAAUUUUAGACCCUCAAGAAAUAUCAACUAAUAGUUUGUUAGUUGUGUCUAUAGGAGGGCUUGUCGUCAAUGUAAUUGGCUUGAUAUUCUUUCACGAGGAACAUCAUCAUGCCCAUGGAGGCUCUGGAUCAUGCUCACAUUCUCAUGCACACUCCCAUAGUCACCAUGACCACCAUCACCAUCAUGAUCUGCAUUGCCAUGGGGAACAUAAUAAUGAAGCCCAUGGAAUGCAUGGGGAUAUUAUUUCUGUUUCGAGUGAUCACCAAGGAAAUUUAUGUUCUCGUGGUCAUGACCGACAUCCUCACGACCACAUUCCCUGCAGUCAUCACAAGAAAGUUGACUCUAAUGCAGAAGAUCACAUUGCUCAGAGUCCCAUGGGUCACAACCACCAAUGUCAUCAUGAAAACCGUGGUCAUGACCAGCAGCAUGUCAACCAUAACCAUAGUGAUCAUCAUCAUGAUCAUGAUAGCGAACAACACCAUCAUUAUUCCCACGAUGGUCAUGCUUGCCAUCAAGACAAUCAUGGCCAUGGUGAUCACCAUGAUCAUGAUAACCACCACCACCACCAUGAUGCUGAUCACCACGUUCACAAAAACUCACUCAAAUUUGAUGCGUUUACCAAGUCUCAUAGUGAGGGAGUUUGUUCUUCGGUUGGAAACUGUGAUUCUAAACUGAUAAAUGCAUCUACUGAUGAUGCGAAAAAGCUUCAAGCGCAUGGUCAUUUUCAUAUUGAUCACAAUAUGGAAGGAAUAUUCCUGCAUGUCCUUGCUGAUACGAUGGGAAGUGUUGGAGUUGUUAUAUCUACCCUUUUAAUUAAGUACAAGGGAUGGCUUAUAGCCGAUCCAGCAUGCUCAAUAUUUAUUUCAAUUUUGAUCGUGUCCUCAGUGAUACCUUUGCUCAGAAACUCUGCCGAAAUUUUGCUCCAAAGAGUGCCUAAGGCGCAUGAGAAAGAGUUGAAGGACGCCCUAAAGGAUGUUCUGAAGAUUAGGGGUGUUUGUGGCAUUGAAAGGUUUAACGUAUGGAGCUUCACAAACACAGAUGUUGUUGGGACACUGCACCUCCAUCUAUCUACAGAUGCUGAUAAAGCAUCCGUUAAGUCUCAGGUUUCUAAUAAAUUACAUGAUGCUGGUGUCAAGGAUUUAACAUUGCAGGUGGAAUAUGUGGGGUAAUAUCUUUGAACAUGCUUUUCAUCAAGUUAUUAUCCCUUACUACGAUUGCUGAAGAAGGAUGCUGGUGAGUUGAGAUAUGCGAUUUGGCAGAAAUAUGCAAGUUUCUUGAUGCUGCAUUGUCAUUGAAAAUGAGAUGAUUUCUAAGUAUUUUUCUUUUUGGCCAGAAUAUGAAUUUUUGGUCGUUGAAACAACAUUGAUUCUAAUUUAAUUUGAUGGCUGAUAUUUUUUCUGCCACUCUCUGCUCUCAUCGUUGAGGGGUCGAUCAAACGACUGGCGGAGAAGUGAUUACCUUGAUUGAUAGAGUUAUGUAUAUUAUGUACAUAAACAAGCAGAGGCACUUGAAUGAACAUUUGCGCUUAGAAUAUUCUAGUUUAGACAGAUUUCUGCACUUUAUUUCCGGGUCUUUUCUUUGUUAUGGUUGAAAGUUGAAGGGGAUACAUUCAACUUGAGUUUGAACCAUCUCAUUUGGAGAUUUUACACUUGAGAAGGUCUGCA